AUGGAGGACCAGGUAGACCUGGCGACCAAGCCUGAACGCACAUCAUCCCAAUCUCGAUCUUCUGCACCAAAAGUUCGACUGAGUUGCGAAGCUUGUCGUCAGCGCAAGGUCAAAUGUGACAAAUUAAGUCCAUGUACCAGCUGUGUACGGCUGGGAUUCAGAGCCCGCUUACCGCGGGGUCGGACAAGGAGGCCGCCCGAGCGGGCUCCUAACACGGACAAAGAGCUAGCAGACCGAGUGGCCAAGCUAGAACAACUCCUCAGGCGUGUGGCCUCCGAGCGUGAUGGCGCCCCAGCCACCGGCUCCUCUUCUACCGGGCCUAGCACGGGCGCUGGCACCGAUUCGAGUUCGAUCGGGGAGCAUGGACUACAGACGAACAUCCCGGAGCAGGAGGCCGCCUGGCGCGAUCAGCAUUCACAACAUUCUACUGGUUCUACCAUGACUCUGCCACAUCGGCAUCGUCCGUCGACUUCUUACAUGGGUAGCUCGUUUUGGGAAGAUAUCAUGCAGCAGACUUCAGAGCUUCGUGAUGUUCUCGACGAUCGAUUGGAAAUUAGAGACGAUACUCAACGUCCUUCGAACAUGGGGGCUUCUGCUAUUGGCUCCGAGAGCUCAGAAAGUACCGGCAAUUCACCCCAGUCGUUUCGAGGCAUCACUAUCACCGCCCAAGCUCGCCGAAACCUGUGUGAGAUUUAUAUACGAAACGUAGACCCCGUUUUCAAAGUCCUUCAUAGGCCCUCGCUCCGGGCCUUUUUACGCGAUGACCAGCCAUAUCUGGAUUAUGAACUUGAUCAUCACGCCCCAGUAACUCUGGCAUACGCUGUCUACUACGCUGCGGUAGUAACGAUGGACGACACACAGUGUCAAUUGUUGUUCGGCCUCGAUAAAAAGACCGCGGCAGCUUGCCUCCAAGCGGAAACGGAUGCUGCACUACAGAGGUCGGAUUUCGUGACGACAAAUGAACUGACUGUGUUACAAGCAUACCUACUGUCAUUGCUUGCGGCCCGUUGCCAGGAUCAAAGUCGACGUGUCUGGACAAUGUCAGCCAUGGCCCUCCGUGUCGGUCAAGCGUUGUGUCUUCACAUGCGGGAUCCGCCAUUCCAAGUCAACCCCUUCGAACAAGAGAUGCGCCGCCGUUGCUGGUUAUGUAUUGGACUUUUAGAUUUCUCGGCCUCGCUGGAUCGAGCCUCGGAACCGAUGAUGCAAUCCGCCUGGUUAGACUCGCACCCGCCUUCCAACAUCAACGACGAGAAUAUCUGGUUCAACAUGAAUGUUCCAAUUCAAGAACCGCCCGAGGGUACAUUCACCGACCUCACCCUGACCCUAAUCACAGCGGCAGCACAGUCCGUCGCGAGAAUGAUUGCCUACACAGAUUUCAUUGAGCAAGCCGUUGAAGAAAUGAGCUCAAGACAGCAAAUGCUCCUCAACUUCCAGCACAAAGUCACGAAAUUACUCAGCGGAUGCCGACCAGAAUCAUCCCCUUUCCAACUCUAUACAAAGCGAACAGCAACCACAAUUUACGGCUGGCUCCAGCUAGGCUCUCUCCGACCCAUAUCUCGAAGUCGCAACUUCACCCCUCCCGCCGUACAAGGCGACGCCCUUCUCAGUCUCGCCGUAGACAACCUCGCCAAGGUCCAAGAAUCCUACAGCGACCCAACCACCGCACAAUGGAUGUGGUUCGGGGCCCUGUGGGUACCGUGGCACGGUCUGGCCGUCGCAUUAGCCGAGCUAUGCGUCUGCAAAGAUCCAGAAGCAAUGUCCAGACACUGGCCCGUCAUAGAACAAGUCUAUCACCGCUCAAGUCUCACAAUCGCUGACUCACAACACGGCAUGCUCUGGAAACCUCUUGAAAAAUUAAUGCAUCAAGCUCGAGCUCACAAGCAUGAAAUGCUCGGCAGUGCCUCCCCGAGUGAACCAUCUGUUCACCAGACCCCGCCCAUCGCCAUGCAACAACCUCUCCAAUCGGUCGCCGAAGAAGUCCAUGUUCCCCUCGCGUCGUGCUAUGAUCUAGAGGUCCAGCCUGAUCUUGCUGCUGGUCAGCUCGAUCCGGCUGUUAGCAUGCCGCCGAAUAUCAUGCUGGAGCCUUGGCCAAAUGUUUGGGAUUCGAUGGAUUUCAGUUCGAAUAACCUGCAGGGCUCGGUGGAUAAUGUUGCUUGGACGAAUUAUGAGAAUUUCAUUGGGGAUGUAUAUGAUAGUGUGGAUUCUAUGUUCUUGUCGCGAUGA